AUGAUCAUGAUGAUCAAGAAGAUCUACACAUUGACUUUCUUAGUCUUCUUGUUCUCUAUACUCAAAGGUCACUGCAAAUCAGAUAUAGAACUCGGCUUUGCUCUGACGCUCUCUGCUCCAGUGGAAUACACUCCUGGAUUUAUGGGGAAAGCUUAUAUAAUGGAGACAGACUCAUCUUCAACAAGAGAACCAAGUUUCAAAGCUGCGUUAACGAUGGAAUCAAGUGACAAAGAUGAUGGACGAUAUUUGUGUUCCCUCCAAAUUUUCCUUGGAGAUGUAAGAGUUUGGAGUUCAGGGCAUUACACAAAGAUGUAUGCUUCUAACAAAUGCAUCAUCGAGCUCGCGAAAGAUGGAGACUUGAGGAUAAAGCGUAGCAAUAAACACGUUGGUUGGCGAAGUGGAACUUCAGGACAAGGCGUUGAGAAGUUGGAGAUACAAAGCACAGGGAAUCUAGUGUUGAUUGAUGCUAUGAAUUUGAUCAAAUGGCAAAGUUUCAACUUCCCAACAGAUGUGAUGUUGAGUGGUCAGAGACUAGACGUUGCUACUCAACUAACUUCAUUCCCAAAAGACUCGAAUUUGUUCUACUCUUUCGAAGUCUUACGCGACAAGAUUGCUCUUUUCCUCAACUUGAACAAGCUCAAGUACUCUUACUGGGAGUACAGGCCAAGAGAUAACAACAAUACGGUCAACUUCGUGAGAUUAGGGCCAAAGGGUCUUGACCUAUUCGACGAUAACAGCCAAAGAAUAGGGAGAAUAGAGCAAACUUUGAUCAGAUUCUUGGCGGUUGGGAACAAAACCGGUAAUUUGGGACUCUAUUCGUAUAAACCGGAAAAGGGGAAGUUUGAGGCUACGUUUCAAGCUGUGAGCAACACUUGUGAUCUUCCUGUAGCGUGUAAGCCAUACGGAAUCUGCACAUUCUCCAAGUCUUGUUCUUGCAUUAGGGUUGCGAGCGAUGGAGAUUGCAACAGCAAGAACAGCGAGGAAGAAGAAGGGGUUUUGAUGAAGAGGCUAUGCGAUCACGAGAUGGUUGAGCUAGAAGGAGUCGCUACUGUGCUAAGAAACGGGACACAAGUGAGAAACGUAAGCAAAGAAGGAUGUGAAGAGCUGUGUAAGAAGGACUGUGAGUGUCGAGCUGCGAGUUACUCUGUUUCUGAUGAGGGCUUUUGUGUCAUGUAUGGGGUUGUGAUGGGUGUUAAGGAGAUUGAGAGAGUGAGUGGAUUGAGUUAUAUGGUGAAGAUUCCAAAAGGAGUGAGAUUGAGUGGUGAGAAAUCGAAUGUGAGGAAAUGGGUUGUGGGUUUAGUUGGAGGGAUUGAUGCUUUUGUUGUUUUGCUGCUUCUUUCUGGUUUUGGCUUUUAUUUCAUUAGGAAACGACGGAAAAGCUCAUCGCAACCGCAUACGCAGACGCAGCCCCAGCCACAGCCUCAGCCUCAGCCCAUUGCAGAUUAG